UCGUAGGUGUUCGGUCAACAUGGCAAAGACUUCUAAAAAGACAGGUAGAAAAUCGAGAAAGAAAACCGAGCAAGUAAUAGAUAAAACCACGGCAGUGAAGCCAAGUAUGGAUUAUGACGAUGACGACGAUGAAGCGGUGCCUCAUGGCGGAGAUGACAACAUCGAGGACGAAGAAAGCGAAGAUGAGAGAAAGCACAUAAAGUUACUGGAAGCUAUCAGCUCUCUCGGCGGUAAGAGAAAGAAGAAACUGGCUGAACGAUCCGAAGCGACCGUACAAAUGUCCGAAUUCAUGGUAAACGCAGAAGGCGAGGGUGACAAAAUCAACUUAUCAGACCUCAUUGUGACAACGGAGAAAACUCCUGCCAUUUCAGUUAAGACGAAAAAGCAGCUGAAGAACCUCCAGCACAGUAAGAGAACCGUUGAUUGCCCUCUUAGCAAACAGCAGACAGAAAGAAUCCAAAGGGACGUUGCUUUCCAGCAAGCAGCCACCCAGGUUUCUCGCUGGCAGGGUAUCGUUAGACAAAAUCAGAAGGCGGAGCAACUGGUCUUUCCACUGAACAGAGAGCCUUCAGGACCCAAACCCAUUGAGCGAGUGGUGGCUGGGUGGAAGGCACGUACUCCACUGGAAGAGGAGAUUUUCAGUCUUUUGUCUAUCAACAAGCAGCCUAUCAAUGACCCAGUCUUGACCCCUGUGGAGGAAGCAUCCAUGAGGGCUAUGAGCCUGGAGGAGGCGAAGAUACGCCGUGCUGAGCUCCAAAAAGCCAGAGCACUUCAGUCAUACUAUGAAGCCAAAGCCAAAAGAGAGAGGAGGAUAAAAAGCAAAAAAUAUCACAAAGUAAUCAACAAAGCAAAACGGAAAGACUUCCUUAAGCAGUUUGAUGAGAUGGUAAAAACAGACCCUGCCGCUGCCUUGGAAGAACUGAGAAAGAUGGAGAGGUCUAGGAUGCAGGAGAGAAUGUCUCUGAAACACCAGAACAGUGGCAAGUGGGCCAAAUCAAAAGCAAUCAUGGCAAAAUAUGAUGAUGGGGCUCGCAAAGCAAUGCAGCAGCAGCUUGAAUUAAACAAAGAGCUAACCCAGAAGGUGGUGACCUCACUGAAUGAGGAAGAUGAUGUGGAAGAAAGGGAAAAUACAGAGGUGCUCCCUGAUUUCGUAAAUGAUGCUGAGCCUGUCCUGGACCCAGCCAAUCCAUGGAUGAGAGGCAAGCUGUCUGCAGAGCCCACAGAAAUGGAGACAGCUGGUGGUGGUGAGAUGUCUAUUGAAGCAGGGCCUUCAUUGACUGGAAGUGCCGCUGACAAACAAGAAGAUAGUGAACAGGAAGUUGAGGAAACUGAAGAGGAAAGUCUCCUGAGAGAGUUUGAUGCCAGGCGGAAAUUGCGUCAGGCUCAUGAGUCUAUCACAGCACCAGUGAUUUGUGUGGAUGAUGACAAAGAGGCAACUGAGGAAACUGAAGCUGUAGCUGAGGAUGUCCUUUCUGAUGAAGAGGGAAAGGAACUUUCAGAGUUCUCUAACCUCUACCGAGGCAUAGCUGACAGCAACUGGGAGGCUGAGUCAGAACAGAUCAAGGUUGCCACAGAUGACAGCCAAGCGGGGACCUCAGAUCAACUUGAGGAGGGGCUGAGGAGGAUCCAGAAUUUGGAAGAUGUGGAGCUCCUCAUUGAGGAGGAUACAGCUGUUCAUCCAGCAAUAACAACAACCCAGCAGUCGAAAGCUACAGAAGAUAUGGCGUCAGGCACUCAGGAGACGGACACCAAGAAGAAACGUAAGAGGAAGAUAGAUCUAAAAGAAGUUCUCACCAAAGAGGCCAAAAUUAUAAAAAUCCCAUUAGCUCCAACAGAUGUCGAGGACAUGGAGGAAAAGGAGGAACAGAGAGACAUUGUGAAAGAGGCUUUUGCUGGGGACGAUGUCAUCUCAGACUUCCUGAAGGACAAGAGGAAACAGGAAGAGUCAGGAAAGCCCAAAGUUGUGGACUUGACAUUGCCUGGGUGGGGGGAAUGGGGGGGGCUUGGCCUCAAACCCUCCCGUAAGAAGCGUAGACAUUUCAGAGUGAAAGUUGCCCCUCCUCCUGAGAGGAAGGACAGGAGCUUGCCCAGUGUCAUAAUCUCUGAGAAGAGAACCAGUUCUGUAAGUCUACACCAGGUGAAUUCCCUACCAUUCCCAUUCGUGAACCCCAUGCAGUUUGAGAGUACCAUCAGCACCCCUUUGGGCCGCACCUGGAACACUGAACAAACCAUGAGAAAGAUCACUAAGCCUAAGGUCAUCACUCAGUUGGGUGCCGUCAUUGAGCCGAUCACUCGGGAAGAGUUAGUGAAAGUCAAAAAGUAGGUAGUUACAGGGAAGAAGACCCCAUAUUAGUAUAAUGAGUGGGAAAAGAAAACUCAAGAUGAAAACUGUCUUUGAAGUGCUGGUAGAUAGAAUAGAUAAAAGUACUAUAGCAAAAGGUUGAAGAUUUGUUUCAUUGAUUAUCAAUACUGAAUUCCAUUCAAUAACUACAGCCAUUUAUUUUCAUAUGUUGGCAAUGUUAGUGGGAUUUAUCUGAUCAGCUCCAUGAAUCCAUGUCAGUUAUGUCAGUCAUGUGAUAAUUAAGUAUUGAUUUUUUUUUCUUUACAACUUUUAAAUUUUCAUAUGUAUUUCAUCAUAAAAGAAAUGUAAUUGACCAACGGUGAAUAAUGGUGUUAAUAAAUUCAGCCAUUGGAGUUAAA